CUCAACCUCAUGUCUCUUGAAAUGAAGGGCUUGAAGUCUAUGACAUAAGGCUGACAAAACAGACAUUUCGCAAUUUAGGGUUCUGAUAUGCUGGGACCAGGAGGGGCUGCAAAUCAAGCCCUCAAGUAAACUCGGCCUGCUAUGUGCGUCUGCAGUCUCAUCACACCCUACCAAAGACUAAAGUACAGCCGUGCCCAUCACCAUACACGAUGCAGGCGAUCCAAAGCAGCAUUCAGGACGCUCAACGCCGUCGUGGUUCCAGGGUCUUCGCACCAAGACGCGCAACAACCAAGUCCAUCUCGGGAAAGUUCAUGCAGAUGGUGGCGCUUGCAGGUGUAGUUGAGGUUGGCAUCGUGGGGACGAAGCCAUUUCGGUGCAAGCCGCUAGCAUGCCAGGCUUCCUGCCUCCGUUUAAGGAAUGGAUGAAGUCUUCUCUUGUUUGCGGCGCACGGGACUCUUCGGUGAUCGGAGGCGUGAUCACGCUUACGCUUUUCAUCGACGCCUACCACCUCGGUACGCCAAACUCUCUUGUGGAGCAGAACCUCUCGGCCAAUAUCAUAUCCACCUUGCAGGCUGUCUGCUUUGUCGGCGCCCUCGCUGCCUCGCCGCUCACGGACCGCUGCGGUCGCAAGUGGUUGCUGGUUGCCAGCACCAUUCUGAUCAUAAUCGGCGUCAUCCUACAGGCU